CAAUUUGGUGCGAUCAAAAGUCUUAUCAAAAAUGAAGUUUAGAGUUUAAUUUUAAAACAAUUAACAAACCCUAACGACUCAGGUGUCAUGUCUCUCACCCGCCUCCGCUCCGGCCUCUCUUUCUCCUCUCCGAUCUACCAGCUCAGCCGCCAAGUCUCCUCCCUCCCCCAUCCUACUCCCAUCUCAGCCACCGCCGUCCGUUUCCCUCUCCCGAGAGAUCCGUCGUCACCACCCCUGACGCCUCCUACGAGGGCUAAAAUGGUAUGGUGCGCCACCCAUUUAAACACCAGAGUUAAGCUCAUGAUCAAGAUGUUAAACCUCGACGACGCGGCAGAGCUCUCGAGUUACGCCAUCUUCACAAAACGCCGUCAAAACGUCACCACCGAGAUCUGCGAGGCCAUAAUCGGUGCAAUGUGCAAAGCCAAGCGCUACAACGACGCAUUAAAUCUCUUCCAUUACUUCUUCAACGACUACAACCUCAAACCCAACAUGUCUUGCUGCAAUCACAUCAUCGGAGCCCUUUGUGAGCAAAACCGACUCGAGGAAGCAUUUGCCCUGUACGGUCACUUACUGGAAAACGCUCCUUUCCUCCGUCCAAACGAGGACACACACCAGCUUUUGGCCAAAGGGUUGGUUGAUGCGGACAAGCUUCAAAGCGCUCUGCAUUUCGUCAGGAGAUUGAUGAAGAAGGAAGCCGAUGUGGGUUCCUCUGUUCUUAACCAUCUCAUUCGCGGCCACUUGAAAGACGACGGUGAUUUCACUAGUGCCAAGAGAAUUUUCGAUGUGCUAAAGCGGAAACUUGUCUCCUCUGGGGAUGCUCAAGUUUUCGACUUGGUUUUUUCUUUCCUUGGUGGGGAUUACAAUGAGAUUGCGGUCGUGAAAGCCACAUUCAUGGAGUUUUGGUUUGAGAAAGGAAAUGAUAAGGAAGCUAUGGAGUGUUACAGGACUCUCGCGCCCAAAGAUUUCAGAAUGAACGCAAAAACCGGCAAUACCCUUUUGCAACUUUUCCUUAAGCACGGCAAGAAAACCGAAGCUUGGACAUUGUUCAACCAAAUGCUGGAGAGACGCAAUGCUCAGCCAUCCGGUUUCGAUUCGGAGACUUGUAAUAUAAUGGUGAACGAGUGUUUCAAGUUGGGAGAGAUUAGUGAAGCAAUCCAAACCUUUGACAAGGUUAAGACGACUGUUGAGGAUGAUGAGUCACAACUAUGUUAUAGCAACAUCCUCGCAAGAUUCUGUGAGCAAGGCAUGUUGCCAGAAGCAGAGACUUACUUUGCCGAGAUGUCCUCUAAGCAAUACCUGAUCCCUAACAUUCCUUCGUAUCGAACAAUGAUCGAUGCUUAUUGUAAGGCUGCAAGAUUCGACGAUGCCUUCCGAGUGUUGGACCGAGCAGUGGAAGCAAAUCUAAAGUGCGUUGCCACUUUCUCUUGCCUCUUAUAUUGCUGAUAUGCUUAUGGUAAGGCUUUGAUACUCGGCCUGUGUAGAAUUCAUUACCUCUAUCAUUUAUUAUCAAAACGUUCGUGUUUUUCUUUCAAAUGUUAUAAAAUGUUUUAACUAUU